AUGCCGUCAGUGAGCACUGUUAAUGCAGAGUUUUAUGAUACAUGUCAGCUAAAUUUGUCGGAUCAUACGGCAACUCUUAAUAUCAAUGAUAAAGAAUCAAUGAAUGGAAUGAGUGCCGGAAAUACGAUGUCACGACAAAUGCCACCUAGCAUCAACUGUUUAUGUUACAGUCGCUCAUUAAUUUCACAAUUUACUCAUCACCAUCAUCAUCACCAUCAUCAUCAUCAACAGCAACAACAACAACAACCGCAACAACAACAACAGCAACAGCAACAACAACAGCAACAGCAACAGCAACAGCAACAACAACAGCAACAGCAACAACAGCAGCAGCAACAACAACAGCAACAACAGCAACAGCAACAGCAACAACAAAAUGAAGCAUGGAAUUCGGAAAGAUGUUCACCUUACGGGCAGUAUCAAAUGCAAACUUAUGUGCAACAUCCAGUACCAAGUGAAUCCAUGUCAUCAUCACCAAAUUCCGAAACGGAUGUCGAAUACGGUCAACCAUCAUCAUCAUUAACAUUACCGGGUCUUACUGGUCCUAUUCAACUUUGGCAAUUUUUAUUGGAGCUUCUGAUGACUGAAUCUACAAAUUCUUGCAUUGCUUGGACGGGUGAUGGAUGGGAAUUCAAAUUAAAUGAUCCCGAUGAAGUUGCACGUAAAUGGGGAAUUCGCAAAAAUAAACCAAAGAUGAAUUAUGAAAAACUUUCACGUGGUCUAAGAUACUAUUAUGAUAAAAAUAUUAUUCAUAAAACACCCGGUAAACGAUACGUGUAUCGAUUUGUAUGCGAUCUCACCUCGGUACUACAAAUGUCUGCUGAACAAAUUCGCAGAAAAGUGGAGGUGAAACGUGAACUUGAUCAGUGA